GCCACUCCGAUCGCACCGCAUAUAUUGAGAUAUAUUAAUGUAUUUUGUGAAAUUGCAUAACGAGACUUACGUGCGCAUAUGUAUACACGCGAACGAGAUAUAAGUGUAUGUUAUCAGUGAGUUUCCAUUAUUAGUCUUUCCGGAACUUAUCACGCUUAUCAUCGUGAAUACGAAUCUCUUCGUAAUAUUUCAACGGACUGUGAUCAGACGAAGAUCAGACAAGAAUCACGUUAAAGACGAACCUCGAUCACAAGAGUUCCAAAGCAACCGUGGAUCCAGGAUGGCGACUGACAUCACAUCGAUGGUGGUGGACUAUUUGGUGUUCAUCGGAUUCAUCGUGAUUUCCUUCCUGAUACCGCUAUGGGGGAACUUUAAAACAAAGAAAAAGGAGACGAAGGCGAAUUACGUGUUUGCCACCGGCAACGUGUCAAUGGCUGCGAUGAUGUUAUCAAUCGCUCGUGGAACCCUCGGUGUCAAGUCCUUUUUAGGGUAUCCUUCAGAACUGUAUUAUCAAGGUAGCGCCAUGUGGGAGACUCUAUACGGGAUGCUGUUGGCAUAUCCAAUCGUCUGUUUCGUCUUCGUACCUGUUUACUACAGCCUCGGUAUCACGUCAGUCUACCAAUAUUUGGACAUGAGGUUCAAGUCAAAACUAGUUAGAUGUCUGGCGAGUUUCUCAUACGUCAUACGGAGUCUGCUAAACUUGGGAGUCACAGUAUUUACCCCUUGCGUCGCGUUGAAAGCAGUAAUAGGACUUCCGUACUGGGCCAGUAUCGUAGGAAUAACAGCUAUUUCUGUGGUUUUCACGAUCAUAGGAGGUUUAAAAGCGGCUAUUCUGUCGGAUGUUAUACAAGGCUUGGCAAUGAUUGGCGUAUCUGUGGUGAUCAUUAUACAGGGGACUAUCAAUGUUGGUGGACCAAUUAACGUCUUCAAUGUAACUCAGGAACGCGGUCGACUGGAUUUUUUCAAUUUUGAUAUGGAUCCGCAUCUUCGAGUAACGACAACAUCGGCAACAAUAGGUCAGCUUUUCAUGAGUUUAUCCAUUUUCGGAUGUCAGCAGAAUUUUGUCCAGAGAUAUUGCAGUAUGUCCAGUCAUAGAAAGGUUGUCAAAACGAUGAUGGCCAACAUACCUAUAAUCACAAUCUUGUUCUCGUUAUCUUGGAUCGUUGGAAUGGUGAUUUUUACUAAUUACGCUGACUGCGAUCCACUUAGUUUGGGAUAUAUUUCGAAGAUCGAUGAGAUUGUACCAUUCUACGUCGAAGAUAAAUUCUCGAAAGUACCCGGCAUGCUUGGUCUAGUUAUGGCAACUCUUUUCAAUAGCGCCUUGACUUUGGCGGUAUCUAAUCUCAAUUCUCUUGCGACCGUGACUUUUGAAGAUUUCCUGAGUCACAUACCUGCAUUGAGUGAUCUGAAAGACACGCAGCAACUUCAUACAAUCAAAAUAAUCGGUGUUAUCUAUGGUUUGAUAAUAAUCGGCAUUAGCUUCUUGGUAGCCAUGUUAUCUGGUGUAAUAGAAUCUUCUAUGCUGAUGACGUCAGCAACAUCCGGACCUCUUCUUGGUGUAUUUCUGCUCGCUAUGUUGGUACCUUGUGCUAAUUGGAAAGGUGCCGCCGUUGGUAUGAUUUUUAGUCAUAUAACAACGAUGUGGAUCACCUAUGGUCACCUCAAUCAGGGUAACGUACCCGAAAUGCUACCUUUAUCGACGGAGAAUUGCCAUAAUGAUACGUUUUCCUGGGUCAUCAAACCAAUUAGUCUAGAACAUGAUGCACUAAACGUCACUGGAACGUCGGUGAACAAUUGGACAACAAUUCAGAAAAACAUUACGCUAUCAUCUGUUGACGAAAUCAAUAAACCUUCUGAUCCUUUAAGUGUUCUUUACGGGAUUACCUAUAUGUAUUAUGCUCUUAUUGGUAGCAUAACGACCGUCGGCGUUGGUAUCAUUGUGAGUUUAAUUACUGCUGAUGCAGAAGCUGACAAAUACGAAGAACACUUGCUGCAUCCUAUAGCACGAAAGAUAGCGGGAUUAUUUCCUGGAAAACGGAGGUUGUACGCCAGCAACAUUCGUCUUGGGAAUAAAAAUGAUACAGAUGUCACGAAUGCUACUCUUUCCUCUGUAAUGUCUAUUCCCGACAGUGUCGAAAAAGUAACUUCUCCUCAAGGAUGCAUCGAUGAUAGAGGAAAGCUACAUCUGGAUAACAGCUAUGUGGAGAAAUUGAACGCGCUAAAGAACGCUUCUCUCGACGUAACCAAUGAAAUUGGCAAACAUACUAGAUUAUAAUAUUAUAAUGUAAGUUCGCAAACGUUCUUCAUACAUUGUUCGCACCAUUGACCAUUGAAUAAAAAAUCUCAAUACUUGCGACACUAGAGAUAUACUAUGGUAAGCGAACAGUUGUGUAUGCGUUAGUGCUAUAUAUUAUAAUACAAAUAUGACACACACGUGGGUUCGUGACCUAUGCGCGUGAAACGUAAUUACGCGUAAGCAAAGUUUCCCUCGAUUACAGUGCUCUCAUAUUCAGCUCAAAAUAUUGCUCAAAUAGAGGCAAUUCAGAGAUGCAAUUCACGAAAACUUUUAACUUGCGUGUGCCAAUUAAAGUUAACUACGAGAUACGUAUAACGUUCGUAAGCUGCAUUUAGACAUGAACACGAUUUACUAGAGAAGAUUGUCAAGUACAUGCUUUUGCUGACUGAUUGUGAAUUCAUGUCGCUGCUCGCAAUGAAUGAUUUCUGCGUAUUUAAGCGAAGGAGCCAAAGUAGAAGUAAAAUUCAAUAUAAUUACUA